AUGAGCAGCGAGAGGAUGCUCGCCGAGGCGGAGAGCGGCCGGGAGGGAGCCGAGAGACGGCGGGGUUGCAGCGGGGCCGUGCAGUGCCUCUUCAGACUGGCCUGCGUGGUCGUGGCGCUGGGCUCGGCCGCUGCCGCUUCCUAUGUCCUCUUAUCCAAGUCUGCCCACUCUAACCCGGGCCAGGCCGGCUGGGAGGCCGUAGUAGCGGAGAGAGGGAACAAGCCUCAAGAAACCGGCAAUGAAGGCGGUUGCAUUGAAGACAAUCUCUGCAGUCAGAACAAGUUUACCAAUGUAAACCUGUCACAGACUGCCUCGCUCUUCCCCCUGCUGGUCCCUGCAGCUUUUGCAACGGGAAAUACGUAUUCAUUAAUUCAUUUUCUUUACCCACCCACAGCUGAUCCCAACAGAGGCAUCUCCAAGUUGGUUUGGCAAGAUGAUGUUGGCAUUGCCUUCUCGUACGGUAUAGAGUUCUCCAACAAUAGCCUGCUGAUCCAGAAGCCCGGCUUGUACUUUGUCUACACCCAGGUGGUCUUCUACGCCCGACAGUGUGAGGGGCGGACUGUCUUCCUCAGCCACGACAUACACAAGUUCUCCCCUGCCUACCCGGUGGAGACCAUCCUCCUGAAGGCCACCAAGUCGGUCUGCCACAACCACCAGCACAGCGACCUCUGGUUCAAGACAUCCUACCAGGGAGCCAUCUUCGAGAUGGAGGCCGGUGACAGAAUCUUCUCCAGGGUCCCCAAGGGGGUGGUCAGAUACUUGGACACCAAAGAAGGCAAGACCUUCUUCGGGGCCUUUGCCCUGUGAGGCAGGGUCCCGUUUUGGAGUCCCGCUGUGCCCCCAGAACUUAGUGCUCAACCAAAGAGGAGCCUGUCCGCACAUGGCCAUUCACACAGGUACAUGGAUAGGAUGGGUUUUAGAGGGAUAUGGACCAAACGCAUGCACCUGGGACUAGUGUAGCUGGGACAUGUUGGAUGGUGCGGGCACCUUUCCCAUGGGUGGGUGCAGCAGGUAGCUCCACUCCAUUGGGUUCGAUCUUGACUUCUGCCACCGUCUAUGUGGAGUUUGCACGUUCUCCCUGCAUCCACAUGUGUUCUCCCCCGAGCACACGUUGGGAGGUGAAUUGGCCGCUGAGCAUUAAGGCGGCACAGAGGCACAGCUGGUGGAGUUGAUGCCUCACAGCUCCAGAGACCCAAGUUCGAUCCUGACCUCAGGUGCUGUCUGUGUGGAGUUUGCCCGUCCUCUGUGUUUCCC